GGCUUGUCUUCUUCCAAUGAUGUUGAGGCUACCGCUUCGUCGUAUACGUCGUCCGUGCUUGCCUGCUAUUCCAUCGUGCAGGAGACUCAAUUCUACUGAUGCAAAGGUACCCGAAAACGAUGCAGAAGCUCUCCCAUUGGCGGACACCAAGGAAGAAUUGGACAAGAAAAUGGAAGAAAUUUUAUUAAAGUAUGUACAGUUCGCUUUCCAAUGCCUCUGUUAAUUGUCUCUUCUCAGGGAAUUUCAAGCAUCUGGCCUGACCGAUGAACACUCGACAGGAUCCGAGUUCAAAACCCCUUCCUUGUGCGCCUUUCCUUGAUUCCAAUCAAUGGUAUUCCUCAUCUGUAUCCAGGCCAGCACAGAACGCAAAAGAAAUGUUCAACGCAGGACGUCGGUUACUCCAGGGUAGUUCCAGUACUCUAAGCCGCAUUCGACCUGGGCGGAAAACACUCGAGUCGAACCUCAGGGAUGUCGACGAAGAGGCAAAAAUGCUGCCAAUACCCGCCGCCUCCCUUGACACAGAAUUCACUGAACGAGAAUACGCCUCUGCGCUGAUUCACGGACGAAGCUUCCAUUUACCAUACUACCAUCCACAUACGCAUUCGAUACCGGUUGCCUCGAUUCAGUUCCGUUCACACUUUCCCCGUCUACUGGAUCUGUUUACGCAUUUUGCUUCUCAUGCGGCGUCAUCCCUUGCGAUACCUGUGUCGCGGGUAGUGAUGCUGCCGACGCAGCGUUCGAUGUGGACUGUUCCUCGCAGUCCGUUUGCGUACAAAAAGUCGCAAGAAAACUUUGAACGCAAAGUGCACAAACGAAUGAUCAAGGCAUGGGAUGCGGAUGAAGAGGUUGUGCGACGAUGGAUUCUGUAUUUGCAACGGCACAACAUGGGAGGUGUAGGUAUGCGAACUACAGUGUGGGAACGGUUACCUCUUGGACUGGGCCGUAUUGAGAGUACGAGGGGAACAGUACAGGUCACUGAGGCUGGUGCAAAAAUCAAGCAACUCGGAGAGAAGAUUGUGAAGGAGGAGCUGGCGGCGUUAUCGGGCCGUGGCACAUGAUGUAUAUAUCACCUGACCGUAUUUGAUAAUCUUACCUAACGGGCACGUCCAAUCACCGCC